CCCAUCCCAUCCCCUCCUCCAUAUCUCCUCUUCCCUCACUUACUCUUCCUCGUCCCGUUGCGUCUGGAAUUCUUGGGGCCGAUCAUACACUGAAAAGAAAAAAUAGUGUUUGUUUCUCGUUUGCCACGCCCGUUUCGACCAUCCAUUCCCGCAUACCUCUGGCAGGUACAUGUACAGCACAUCCAUCCCAUCCCUUGGACAACAAUAAUUACGUACCUGAGGUACUUGACUUGUCUUGACUUGUCUGGACCUGGAGUCUUGACGAUUCUCGCAUCGCAUCAUUAAUUCCCCCGCCCACUACCUACCUACCUAACCAACUAUCGAUCGGUUCGGUUCUCGUUUGUCUGGUGCAGGCUCGCCAUCUCAACCCUUCAAUUCAAUACUCUGCGGAGGUGCAAGCUCUCUCCCUUUGUAUGCAAUCUUAAAAUUCCAGUCCAACCUGACCCUCUGGAUUAAUCAAGAACCGAAUAACCAAUAUUCCUUCCCUUGUCAAGCCGGUCUUGAUAUCAUCACUUGGUUAUAUAACUCUUGAACUCUUCUUUCUUUUCCAGAGUCUCUCAUCUCAUCAGAUCUCAUCCAUCUACACCAACAGACCGAUCUUGAUCUAUCGGCCAACCUUGGACAUCAUCCACCCACGUCACCUAUCUCAAAUACCUCGACUAUUCGUUCAUCAUUCACUUUAACCACCAUUCCUCCGGUUCACUCCAGAGCACUCAGAGCAUCCCGAGUCUCUCCCCCCCACAGCUGUCAACUUUAGACUCGCAUCUCGCCCAGAUCGAGCUUCAAGCCACAGCGACAUAAAGUCUAAAUCGCUUCAUCUUAUUCCCGUCCGAGCAGUUCCUGAACGGCUUUGGAAAGGUGUCGAUCUUCUUUUUUCCCGCUAUUCGCUCAUCGCCGUGCCAAACGCAGGGCCUCGAACGCCUUAUCCCGUACCCGGCGGAAGCAAACAGCUCUCAGCGACAUAUCACCAAGUAUAUUCGCGGCUACCGAAUCUGGACCCUGGACCGGACCUUGUUGCUGGCUUUAAUUGUUUCUGGCAUUUUAAUUAAUAUCAGAAUCAAUCGAAACAAAGGACCCACGGGACGUUUCUGAAAACAAACGCCUACUGUCUACUAUAAUCUCGUUGUUCGGUAAAACGAACAAGAAAAAACUGAGACAUAGCCAAUACCGAGACGGACGCAGCACAGCAACCGGCGAGACAUUGUGAUAUUUGCUACCUGCUACGCCGCAUUCUGCAACGCAACGCAACGCAACGAUACGCAGUACAGGGAUCAUCAUUCUGUUACUGUUGAGGUUUCUUUUCUUCUCAAGCCGCUGUCUGCUCUCUCUCUCUCUUUCGCCACCCGGAAGUACAUACUGCACCUAUUCAGGUUUUUGAGUGGCAUCUUGCUCUAUCAGCCAGCAUUUAUCCCCCCUCCCGGCCAGACCGCCCCAGCAGCUUGUUAGUUGCAUUGCUCGCUGCAGUCCACUGAAUAACUGGACCUGACCUAGUCUCGAGACAUCUCUCCGACUAGAGUCUUCCCCUACGACCCAUUUCUUAGGGUCCUCACAUGAGCCUCUGAUCUCUUGAUAUAUCUAUCCUCACGCACCUUCAUCUGGCUUGACCCCUGGUUCCUCUUUUCCAGUCACAUUCAAUCAAGAUAUUAAUCAUCUGCCUUUUGCUUCUGCUUCUGCUUCUGCUUUGCUUUGCUCUGCUUUUGCAAUAGGUCAAGGUUCACAGCCUAUCGAUUCUUUCUAGGCCUAUCAACCUCAACCGCACCCCACCUUCACUUACACACGAUUCGCCCUCCCGUGUAGUAUAUCUCUAUCAUCCUCUCCCAUCCACUCAUACAACCUCUUUUCCUCCUCUCCCUCAAACAUCCACAUCCACAUCCACAUACACACAAUGGCUUCUGCAACAUCACUACGAUACCUCACCAUGGAGGAACUCAACAAGACUGCCCUGGACCAAUUCGUCUACCAACCUGUGGGUCGCGAUAUGAUCGCAUACCUCGCCCAAGCCGCCCACAACGUCAUUGCCUGCGACUCGACUCUCAUGCCUCCCGCUCCCGCCGAGCCUCGCCAGAACUUCCCAGCUCCUCCCAGGAGCCCCGAGCCCCGAACCGUUAGAUCCGAAGACGGAGCUCUCCCCACCCUCGAGGAGUUCAUCACACAGCUCGUCGUCUCAUCCAACGUCCAGGUCCCUACUCUCAUGUCAACACUGGUCUACCUCGGUCGCCUAAAGUCAAAGCUCCAGCCCAUGGCUCGCGGUCUACGAUGCACUGCUCACCGCAUCUUCCUCGCUGCUUUGAUUCUUUCAGCCAAGUACCUCAACGACAGCUCACCCAAGAACAAGCACUGGGCCAACUACAGUCACAUCACCACCGAGUGCUACAGCUUUGGCUUCAGCCGCACCGAGGUCAACCUCAUGGAGAAGCAGCUUCUCUUCCUUCUUGAGUGGGAUCUUCGAAUUACUGAGGAGGACCUUUACCGUGAUCUCGACGACUUCCUUGAGCCCCUACGCCACAAGAUUGCCGAGCGACAUGCCAGGAAGAUCCGACACCGCGAGGAGAAGAGACGACAGAAGGAGCUCUAUGCUGCCUCCACCCGAUAUCCCAGCCCUGCCUCUUCUCGCGGUCACUCCCGCUCUCGAGGAUCAACACCUGAGCACGCACGAAACCUUUCUGGAAACUUUACUCCUCCUGGUCUCAGCUACAGCAGCUCUUCUAGCUCUUACGCCUCGUCUGUCUCCUCUGGCCGCGCUUACUCACAAGCUACCACUCCUCUCGAGCCCUCCGAGCCUGAGCCUUACUACUAUGAGUCUCAACAGGGCAGCCUCUACGACUCACCCGUCCAGAUCGUUCCCGAUGUUGACUACCCCAAGGCUCAUAUGCCUGCUGGCCGUAUGCUUCCCUAUGAGAUCACCGCCGAUGAGUACCAACAGUACCAGCAACUCCAUGAGACCUCGUCCAAGAAGCAGCAGCAACAUCAGCAUCAGCAUCAGCAUCAGCAUCAGCAGCAGCGCUCAAGGCGCGGCAUGUGGGGUCGUCUUCUUGGUGGUAGCGUCGCUGUGCGAUAAAUAGCUACCCACGAUCGGGCACGCGCUCGACACCUAUCUAAUGCAUAGUCUUGGCGUUACACGGACCGCUGUUUGGCAUUACUAUAUCGACCUCUGCAUCCGUUACUUUUCGCAUCGAAAAAGAAACCUUGGCAUGGCGUUUGGUUGUUGAUAUCUUUUUAACUUCUCCAUCUGCUUUCUUAGAGAACCAGAUACAUCAUGAGUUGGCCGACAAGCCGCUCAACAUUAUUCCCUUUGUUCUAUUACAAACAAUUUGUUUAUGUUUUCUACUCUACAGUCUUUCCACUGAAAGGCCGGCGUUUAUUGUGGCUUGCAUGAAAGACAGAAGCCUCCCCGGGGAUAAGGGGGCGUGUGCAUUAUUACUAUUGGACGGUUUCGGGAUUACGCAGUAUCAAUGUUGUUAGACGGCCUCUACAAAGCAUUACGCCCCACGAUUGGUAUCGGGGAUAUAUGAUGGGGGGAAUGGGAAUAGAAUUGGGAUAAGGAGUAGGCAUCAUACACUGCCACAUUUUGGUAGGAUUUGGAUCAUGGAGUUAUUUAAUGGGGUAUACAUCUUUGGGGGCCCAACAACAUCUACAACAUCUAGGAAGAAUACAGAUACCAAAUUACAACUUAGUAAUAUAUAUUAAACCUUGCAAUACAAAUCGCUCCAAUUCAGUCAG